GUUCAACAAUACAGUGAAAUUCAACACGCGUAUAUAUUACGUCAGCAAACACUUAAAAAUCUCUGCUCAUCUUUCUUUGAGACCGAGCCUAAAUCACACAAAAGCCCCAGAGCUCCAUCCAUAACCAUAACCAGUCGCAUUCCCAAGAAGAAACAUCCCAAAAGCGUUAACGUUAAAAUCAUUCAAACAUCGCGACCAAAGCCUCAAGCAACACACUUCUCGUCAAUCAGGUUGCCUGAUCAAGAAGCAGCAGUCACAGCUACCUCCACUUCCUCCUUGCCAACCGGGCCUUCCCAAGUGAAGUUACCCACAUCAAACAGCCCAAGAGGAUCCCAAUUGGCCGACUCCUCACCGACCGGCUCGAAAACGGGUACAGCAGGUUCCUUCUUUGUCUUCAUCUCCUGCAAACGAUCCUCCGGCCCAUGCCAAACAUCAGUACACCCAGCAAACGCAUCACGAAUCAACCUAGGCGCCAUCGUGCCACUCCACGGUGGACUCGGGUAGGUACUCUCAAGCCCAAUAAUAGGCGGCUCCCUGAACGCAAUCGUAGGCG